AUGUCUCGUCGCUACGAUUCCAGAACCACCAUCUUCUCACCCGAAGGUCGGCUUUACCAAGUCGAAUAUGCCCUAGAAGCCAUCUCCCAUGCUGGCACAGCCAUUGGCAUUUUGGCAAAAGAUGGAAUUGUCCUGGCCGCCGAGCGGAAGGUGACUUCCAAGCUUUUGGAGCAAGACACAUCGGCCGAGAAGCUGUACAUUCUGAACGACAACAUGAUCUGCGCAGUCGCAGGUAUGACAGCCGAUGCCAACAUUCUCAUCAACUACGCCCGACAAGCCGCCCAGCGCUACCUCUUGACCUACAAUGAAGACAUCCCAUGCGAGCAGCUCGUGCGCAGACUAUGCGACCUGAAGCAAGGCUACACUCAACACGGUGGUUUGCGGCCGUUUGGUGUAUCUUUCAUCUAUGCCGGAUGGGAUCCCCAAAGACAGUUCCAGCUGUACCUCAGCAAUCCAUCGGGCAACUACGGCGGAUGGAAGGCAACAAGUGCCGGUGCCAACAAUGCGAGCGCUUCGAGUUUAUUGAAGCAAGACUACAAGGAAGAUUGCACACUGAAGGAGGCUUGUGGCAUGGCUGUCAAGGUGCUCAGCAAGACGAUGGACUCGACCAAGCUCAGUAGCGAGAAGAUCGAGUUCGCCACAGUCGGACAAACGGAGGAUGGCAAGAUCUACCACAGACUUUGGAGCGCAGAUGAGAUCACGACACUCCUAAAGGAGCACGACCUGGCCAAGGAUGAGAACGUUGAUGACAAAUAA